AUGGACGACUCCAUCGACAUGGAUCCUCCUGCAGAUGCAUUGAUCCAGCUAGGAAGCUCCGGCUUCCAGCUUUCUUCCGUCAUCCCUCGCAUUCGCAGCAUGGGUUUCUCCACCAGCGCCAACUUUGGCGUUGCGUGCUUCGCCAUUUAUCCCGACUUGAUUAUCCUGGCCCAAAACUACGAGUCAAACGAGGUCGAAACCAGAUCCUUCAAACUUGUCGCCAACGCAAGCCCGGACCACCCCGCGAUCUUCGACCUGCGCAUGGUCUUUAUUGAAGAGCACCUGGUCAUCUUCACCCUGGCCCAUGGCCUUGAAGUCUCCGUCGAGAACAUGACCCCCGCCAAGCUCGUCGACCUCGCCUUGGUAUGCAGAACAUAUCGUCUCACCUCCCUCUUCUCCUACGACAUUGAAGAGUGGACGAGCGCCGCUGCAGAGUAUUGCUAUCCCGAUGCCAUCCCCGAGGAUGGAAUCUAUCGCUGCGAAUGGGAAUGGCUGGUCAUCUUCUACGAGUUCGGCCACGUGAAUAACUUUGUGGACCUCGCAUUCAACCUGGCUUUCAUCUUGCCGAGCCCUGCCGAAAACUGUGACCUGGGCGGUGAAGAACUGCAACCGGGCUUCCUCAAUCGCCUGUAUUGGGCUCGUAACCAGUACACGGUGGCCAACGAGAACGCCUUCUCCCUGUUCCGAAACGGCGCCGUCGACAUGUUCCUGGGCGAACGACACCUUGAGCGCAUGUGCUUGAACAUGCUGAGAGGCUGCGCCCAAGGUCAGCUGGCCUGCCUGGACAACCUCGAGUCCUCGCCGUGCGCAAUCUUCCUCGACCACGAACUUGUACUCGACAACCCGCGAAUCUGCCCCGACUGCAAGACCGACUCCUGGCUCGCCGAGUGUGUAGAGGCAAUGCUGAAAUUCGGAACAUACGACAUGGCUCAGUGGUUUCACCAGACCUACAACAUCAUCUCCUUCACGGAGCACAAUCUCGAGUACGUGAAGGACCGGGCCGCGGAGAUAUCCAUUGCCCGGUGCAUCGAGGAAGAUAGUGGCGGGCUGACGUCAUCGUCGUCGUGGUCCCCUCCGUCCUCCUCAUCCUCCCAAUACUAA